UCUAAAAAUACUCAAGCAUAUUACUACUAUACGAGACCGAUGACAAAAACAUAAUUGCACAUUUCGCCGGAACGGCGCGGUUACUUCAUGACGAUGACAUAUAGAACAACGGAUUUUGGUCCGAGCCAGAAUUGCACAGAAAGGUCUUUUCACGUAGAUAGAGAGCAAAAUAUAAUAUCACUCCCAUCUUAUACCGACUUGUAUAUAGCUACCAGUCGCCACUUACCAUCGUCCAAAUCAGUGCUGUUAUCCCACACAAUAGCUCUGAGAACAGCCCACCCAAACUAUGGCACAAAUCUUUUUGAUAAUCGGCGCAGGAAUGGCGGGUCUUCCGAUCGCUCACUACGUCCUAAAACACUACGCCGAUCAGUACGACCUGAAAGUCAUCAUUGUCUCCAAGUCUACAGAAUUCUAUUGGAACAUAGCUUCCCCACGGGCGGUCAUCACAGGCCAACUCGCAGACGACAAAACAUUCCAUUCCAUCCCUGCUGCAUUCGCUCAGUACCCGCCCAGACGAUUCGAAUUCAUCCACGGAACGGUAGAGACAUGGGAUCCAGACCAAAACUCUGUCCUCGUGAAGCAGAACAGCGGCAGUGAAAGAAAGAUUGAAUACCGCACCAUCGUGGUUGCUACCGGUAGUACCUACGCGCAAGGCAUGCCUUGGAAGCUUGUUGGGUCGUCUGAGGACACAAGGACGGCGCUAGCGCACUUGCGGGAUAAAAUCGAAAAGGCGUCGUCAAUCGUCGUCGGCGGCGGAGGACCUACUGGAGUUGAAGUUGCAGGGGAACUGGCCUAUGAAUAUGCUAGGGCUGGAAGAAAGAAAGUUUUGCUGGUCAUGAGCGAUGCUUUGCCGUUGCCACCACGGGUGAUGGAUGCAACGCGACAAGCGGCUAGGAGAGAGUUGGAAAAGCUCGGCGUGAACAUAAUUGCAAAUGCUAAAGUCGCUGAGGUUGAUUCUGGGGCAGGUAACGCUAGGCGUUUGGCUAUAAAUAAGAGCGAUGGGUCGCAGACCACUUUGGAAGCUGACUUGUUCCUACCCACUUGGGGCGUCGAGUACAACACCGCUUUCGCACCAUCAUCUAUGUUGGAAGAAGAUGGACGUCUCAAGGUUACGGAGCAACUGCGGGCACCGGGUUACCAGAAUGCAUUCUUGGUCGGAGAUGCAGCUAGUCUCGACUCUUAUGCGGCCAGUGUAAGGGAAGCACAAGUUCGAUUCUUGGUGGCUGCGAUUGGAAACCACCUUGCCGCGGAGACCAUCCCGCAGUACAAGCAAGAUGGGAGAACCGUUAUGACUGUGACAGUUGGGCGCGAUCGUGGAGUCGGACAGAUCAAAAGCUGGAACGCGUGGAGCUUUUUCAUCUGGUUUUUCAAGGGCCGUCACAUGUGCACAAACAUCGCUGGCGACUAUGCUGCUGGGAAGACACUUAUCCUCGGAAAAAUCUGA